GUCAGAAGGAAGACAGCUGAAUGGGAAAAGGGAAAAGGGAAAUUUGGGAACAAGCUAUCCCAGGCCAGAGCCAUCUUCCUCUUCCAGCUCUGAGCCCACCUCCACCGCCACCCCAGCCUCAUUUCUUUAACCCUGGGUCAGAGCAUGCUGCUCCCUUUACUCAUGGCUUCCCCUUUCACGGUGCAGUGGAGUUCACACUAGCCAGUGUUCAGGUAGAUGGAAAGGUUGCCACUACCCCACCUCUCUGGGGACUCUCCCAUCUUUGCCAAGUUUCCCCUUUUACAUAUUUUGCCCAUUCUAUGUAGUUGGAGUCUGGUUCCUAGGCCAAUGCCAGUCAUAGCUGAGGGCACAGGAGAGCAGGUGGCUGUGCAAAGCCACUUCCAGGCUGUGGACACAGGCCUGAGUAACGGGAAACCUGCCAGUGCCCAUCCAGCUUUGACCUGGCUAGGGCAGCUUUGGGUCAAGGCCUCUCUGUAGUCCUGUUUUCCACCAUCAUCAGGAUGUGCCAGGAUACCUGACCAAUGUGCCUCAAGACUGUCAAGAUCAUGGAAAACAAAGACUGAGAAGCUAUCAGACCGGAGGGGCCUGGGGAGACGUGCCCACUACGGGUCAUGGGGCAUCUGGACUGAAUCCUGGAACAGAAAGAGGACAUUAAUGGAAAAACUGGAAGACCUUGGUUUAAGCCCUGCCUCCAUCAAUCUCAAGAUAUGGAACCUCAGGGAAGGGAGGGGAGGCAUUGCUGAGGAUGUGUACACCUGUGCAGGUAUCUUCACCCAGUUCUUUUAAGGUGCUCCAUCUGCAGCAUGGGCAUAAUCUCUGGCAUUUAAUAAAACCUGCCUCACAGAGCCAAGUAGAUCAACAUCCCAGAUGAGUCUAGCCUAAGUGUUCUUAUAUCAAGAUAAGCUGUCCUUGGCCCUCUGAACUGAGAAGAGCCCAUCUGUCAGGCGGAAGUAGCCACUUACUGCCCACCGCAAACGAUGCUGACUCCCAACCCUCAGAUCAUAUCGGGAGAUGGGUAUCAUCUUCAAAAGCAAGCUGAGACAGAUGGAGCGCUAGCCAGGUCCCACCUGAGGUGCCCCUGACCGUCCCUGUCCCCCACCCCACCCAGGAUCACGGCAAUGCUAACCGCUGUUUGCGGCUCUCUGGGCAGCCAGCAUACGGACGCGCCUCACGCCUCCCCGCCGCGCCUUGACCUGCAGCCUCUCCAAACAUACCAGGGCCACACGAGCCCGGAGGCUGGGGACUACCCCUCCCCGCUGCAGCCUGGAGAGCUGCAGAGCCUCCCGCUGGGCCCCGAGGUGGACUUCUCACAGGGCUAUGAGCUGCCGGGGGCCUCCUCUCGGGUAACCUGUGAGGACCUGGAAAGCGACAGUCCCUUGGCCCCGGGACCCUUUUCCAAGCUCCUGCAGCCGGACAUGUCACACCAUUAUGAAUCAUGGUUCCGGCCGACUCACCCAGGUACCGAGGAUGGCUCAUGGUGGGACCUUCAUCCGGGCACCAGCUGGAUGGACCUCCCCCACACUCAGGGCGCGCUGACUUCACCUGGCCACCCGGGGGCGCUUCAGGCUGGUUUGGGGGGCUACGUUGGAGACCACCAGCUUUGUGCCCCACCCCCCCACCCACACCCGCAUCACCUCCUCUCAGCUGCCGGAGGGCAGCAUCUCCUGGGGCCUCCUGACGGGGCAAAGGCCUUGGAAGCUGCCGCCCCGGAGUCCCAGGGGCUGGAUUCCAGUCUGGACGCGGCAACCAGGCCCAAAGGCUCCCGGCGGUCAGUGCCCCGAAGCUCAGGCCAGACCGUGUGCCGCUGCCCCAACUGCCUAGAGGCGGAACGACUCGGGGCUCCGUGCGGGCCCGAUGGGGGCAAGAAGAAGCAUUUGCACAAUUGCCACAUCCCGGGCUGCGGGAAAGCCUACGCCAAGACGUCGCACCUGAAGGCGCACCUGCGCUGGCACAGUGGCGACCGUCCCUUCGUGUGCAACUGGCUCUUCUGCGGCAAGCGCUUCACGCGCUCAGACGAGCUGCAGCGCCACCUCCAGACCCACACAGGCACCAAGAAGUUUCCCUGUGCGGUCUGUAGCCGGGUCUUCAUGCGCAGCGACCACCUGGCCAAACACAUGAAAACCCACGAGGGUGCCAAAGAAGAGGCUGCUGGGGCGGCCACAGGAGAGGGCAAGGCCGGCGGAGCGGUGGAGCCCUCCGGGGGCAAAGGCAAGCGGGAGGCUGAGGGCAGUGCAGCUCCCUCCAAUUGAGCUCCUCGGUACUGCUGCCCUCUAGUCUCCCCUGGGGGGGCAUCAGAGGAGAGCACCCUGGCCUGAUGUCUUUGGGGAGAAGCUUAAGUAAGAAGAGAAGGUGGUUAUUUAUUGAGAGGGAGGAAAAGUGGUGGGGGGGCCAGGGAGAGCGGGCACUAGGGGUGUUUUAGUCUGUGGGGCUGGACUGACGACGCGUUUGACUGUUUGGCUGGGCUGGGAGGAGCCGCGCGUGCCCCUCUGGUCUCCGUUUCCUCCCUGUUUCACUCACGACCCCGGGUUGGGCAUUGGGGUGGGGUACCCCUAAGGAGGGUGGAGGGGGACCCGUUGGAGGAGGCUAUGCGUCCUCCAGCAAAAUGGAAUGGGGCCGCCCCUGGUGCUUGGGGGUAGAUGUCUGGACACGUCCUUAGCACCUAGGAACCACCGACAGCCUGGGUCCCUUUCAUCCCCCUCAUAGUAUUUCUAGGGUUUCCAGAGGGAGAGCUGAGAUGGGGUAGGGAAGGUUGGGGGUCCCCCUUUGAGAGGGGUCUCUAUCGGGCUGGCAAGGUUGUUGCUGUAGAAACAACUCCUUUGAUGCGCUUCCUUAUUAAUCCUUCCAGAUCCAGUCUGAUGGAGCCGUGAGGGGAGAGGGGAAAGGGACCGAAUCUGAGACAGCUUCCCAGCCAGAACUGUGGGGUGGAGGAGAGAGCUAGAUGUAGCGGGGUGAGCACAAAAGCCCCUUUCUAAAAUGAGAGAAAGGGAUUUGGUGGGGACAUGGAAGAAACUAACCCCUUCCCUCUUGAACUCGGAUUCAGUCCUUAACUCUUGGUCUUUAUAAAAACUAAAGUUCAGUAGUCCACAUCCCCCAUUUGUUACCCCCCCCCCAUCCCAUGUAAGCUUUCAAGGCAGCCAGAAGCCCUCUCUCUAGAACUGAUGUAGCUCCUCAUCCUAGAUCCCCCAUCAUUUGCCUUCCCCUUGGGGAUGGAAGAGGGUCACCUUGGUUUGUUGGGGGUGUCCCAGCAGAGGGACCUACAGUGAUUCCCACUCGGAGUGGAGGGCGCUGUCUUUGCCUGGCCAUCUGCUCACCCUAGGCUAAGCCCCACUCUUUCUUUAGCUGGACCCUCCCCUUUCCCCGCCGCCCGCAAAGCCUUAGCCCUACUUUAGAGUGUGUGUUAAGAAACUCCUUCCUCCCGCCUCCCAUAUGAAGGAGUCGUUCUUCCACUGGAAGGGGUCUGCCUUCUGAGGCGAUGUCUGGGAGGCUGUCUCUGUUCCCUUCUUUAGAUGCUAGAAAUACAUCCUGAUUGUGAUCGUGGAGUGGGGAAGUGGGGAGGGGAGCAGCUCAGCAGAGGCUAAGCCCCGCAAAGGGAAGGAAACUGAUGGAAGGGUUUAGAGCUAGGCUGGAGGUAGAGGCCAUUCGAUUCCCCCUGACCUCCCCAUGCCCCAGCCCUCUUUCUCCACCCAGAGCCCUACGUGAGGAUUAGUUGUGUAUUGAUUUUUAAGUUAUAAGCAAAGGGUAUUUUAUUUAAUAUUAGGGCACGUGUGUGUGCGUGUUGUGUGUGCGUACGUGUGUGUAUGUGUGUUUCUCUACUGAGCCUGGGGUCUCCAGCCAGGGAGACCCUAUCUUGUUUUCCCCAUCCAAGGUCCUGGGGCCUAGGCCCAAAGUGUCUCUUCUUCCCUUGUGGAUGCUGGAGCACGGUCCAAGGACUGGGAGCUCUAUGGGAAAUAGGGCUGGGAUCUGGGUGGGACUAUGUGUUUGUAUAGAAGGGAGCUCUUCUUGAAAGGGACAGGGUGACUCUCCCUGAAGGACCCAUGGGCCUGGGGUAGUUUAAGAAGUAAUGCUCAUUCUUUAUGCUCCCUCUUUUCCCUACCUCCUGCUAACCCAACAAGAGGUCCCUCUCCUUGCUGAGAGGGUUGGGGGCAGGAGAGUUGGCAGUGCCUAUGGGCUGCCUGGCCAGGUGGAGAGAGGGGGAGAGGGGGAGGGUACUGUGGGUGUGGGGUGUCUUUCUCCUCCACCCAUCGAAACCAGCCACCCCCUCCCUGUGCCACCAGGACAGCCUUUCCCAGUGACCAUUCUAAGGGGAACUCCCGAAUGGGUGUUGGUGGGGGGGGGGACACGGAGUUCCCCCUGUGGAGGCCCCGAGCUCUAAGGUGUCGGGUGUGGACUUUGGUUAGGUUUUCUUCUGCUCCCCCUUUUAUAGAUCUAGGUUGCUUGGCUGUCUGCCCCCUUCAAGGCAGCCCCCUAGAGGAGAAAUGUAGGAAUUUUUUUCUUUAACUGCUGUGAACCCACUUUGUGGGGAGGGGGGGAGAGAGGAGGAAGAAACAGCCUGUGUUUUUUAUGCCAUAAUAA